UGAAACGUUUGGAGAUGGCCCUAGAAAGCACAAAACAAAAGACUGAAGAUAGCUUACAGGAACUAAAACAAUGGAGAGACAACUUUGUUAAAGAACAAGAUAACAAUGCAGAUGAGCUGAACACACAAAUUGAAAGUUUGAAAGAAAGUAAUUCAAACAAGCCAUUAGAUGAACUGUGUCUAGAUAUUGAAGAAAUUGAAAUCAUCUGCCACAGUAUCAGUAAAGAGAUGCAAGUUCACAGCGAUAAAACUAGCAGCUUAAAGCAAGAAAUAAAAAAUCAUUAUGAUUGGAUCUCUAAUUUACACGAGGAGGCUAAGAAAAAUACGUCCAUUACAAGUAAAAAAAUUGAAGAUUUAUUUUUAAAGUUUGAAACUAUAGAUAACGUCGUUUGGAAAUUGUCGAAUAAGGUGAAUACAAUGGAGACUUGUCUACACAGGAGGUACGUCUGUUACAUGGAACUUGACGUCACGACGCCAUUCAAUGACGGAUCCAUCUGUUCCACAUUCCGUUACGUAAGGGAAUCCAACGGUCGAAACUUUGAUCAAACAACAGGCAAAUUUGUAUCACCACAUGAUGGGCUAUACCUGGUCUGUGUGGAUCUACAUGAAAGCGAAAAUAAACCGAUUAGGAUGGAUGUGUUUGUUGCGAAACAGUGUCGGUCACGCAUUGGGAUAAACAUCGGCUACACUAGAGCUACAGCUUGUGUGGUGGUGGACAUGUGUACUGAUGAGGAUCUUUACUUUAAGUUGUUCUCACCAGUAGAAGACGCCAACCUCACGCCCUACAGCAACAUUACCAUCGUCAGUUUGUAG